GACAGACGAAAGGGAGCUGAAGUCUGUAGUGUGAUUCCCGCUGGAGCAGAAAGAGGAGGGACUCUGCUGGGAAGAGGGCAGUCUAUCCGAGGGAGGUGGGGUCUCUCAGACUGAGUGAGGGAAACGCAGCAGCUCUGCCUCACAUGGGAAUAUCCAUGGAAACUGUGCGAUAACAUGGAGACAGAGGAGCGGACUGAAAACCGGGCCGCUGCUGCUGGAAGUGCCGUGAAAGGUCAACCAACCGUUUUAUGGGUCAGCCGGUUGGAGGGCGGAUCACAGUAAAGUCGGGAAGCCAGAACAAGGAAUUUCAGUUCUUUCAGUUUGAUGCUGAGGAUCCUCUUUGACAUCCGAUCCGCUGGUUGAGAAGUAAGAAGAGUUUGAAAGGAUGAGUGGAGCAGGAGAUGUGGUGUGCGAAGGGUGGCUACGAAAAUCCCCUCCAGAGAAAAAGCUGCGGCGUUAUGCGUGGAAAAGACGCUGGUUUGUGCUUCGAAGUGGCCGAUUGACUGGAGAUCCGGAUGUCCUGCAGUACUACAAAAACCAACAGUCCCGCCAGCCAAUCAAGACCAUUAACCUCAAUCUGUGUGAACAGGUGGAUGCUGGUCUGUCUUUUACGAAGAAGGAGCUGGAGAGCAGCUACGUUUUUGACCUGAGGACAGAGAAGAGGAUCUGGUACCUGGUGGCCGAGUCUGAGGAGGACAUGAACCGCUGGGUGUCCUCCAUCUGCCUGCUCUGCGGCUUCAACCCCACAGACGACGUAGCUCCAGACAGACCAUCAAACUCCAGCACCUCCAUGACUUCCAUAGCCACCACCAGCUCCACCCCCGCUAUCUUCAUGGUGGCGGGUUCUGUCCCGACCCCGUAUGACCCUGUGAGGGUGCAACACCCGGAGCCCUACAACAGCGCAGAAGACGGUUACCUGUGGUUGUCAAACUGCCAGAGUCACAUCAGGCCUCCUCUGGGUUCUUCUGUCUCUCUUGAAACGGAGCACAACGACACCCUCAACCCUCCUCCCUCUGCAGCUUCUUCCUCUUCAUCCUCCUCUCCUUCCCUCCCUCCCAGCAGCCUUACACCUCCCUCUCACUCCAGCUAUAAGACGGCUGCUUGGACAGUGGCUGCCAUGACGACUCCCAUCAGUCAGUCUCUUGAUGCCCCCUCGGACUUCCAGAAACAAGUGAACAAAUCUCGCUGCCACCCUUCCCCCCACCCCAGAAAGCAUUCUUUAGACAUCCUCAUGCGCCCGCUCAAAGACUCCACCGUGCAGCAAGUUACCUCCAGUAGUUACCAGAUUCCCCGUCUGGCAUCCACACCACAACCCCCUCCCCUGUAUCGUCCAUCGUCUACACCGAGCGUCGACUCUUUAACCCAGGCGGAGUUCCUUGCUUCCAUCCCGGCUCCUCCCCCUCGCCCUCCAAAGCCCCCCAACUUCGCAGCCCACGGAGAGACCGCCUCGGUGAGCGCUGGGCCUGCAACCCUUCCAAGAACAAGUUCUGAGUCAGAGCGGAGAAAUGAAGGUGUUGAUGGAGGACACACGUCGAGGAGCAGCACUGUUACCAUCCCAGGACACACUCAGACAAGCUGUGAGUCUUUUCCUCGCUCCAUGCCUGAGUUCAGCGAGAGCUUCAGCAGUUACUUUUUUAACAAAGGCAUGGUUCCCCUCAGCAGCUCUGGUCCUGAAGAUGAGGACGUGACUGAAAAUUAUGUGUUUAUGAGCACCGCCCCUUCUGACCCUCCUGUCGCACCAAGGGUGCCUCCCAAUGCCCCUUCGGACCCCUCCUCUUACCCUCAUGACUGCAACUACGUCCCCAUGACCCCCCACACAGCCUCACUUCCCACUCACGCCUUCCCCCCGUCAGAUGACCUGGCUUUUCUGGGCAGGCAGGUGCCUCCUCCUGCUCACAUGGGAUUUCGUAAUUCCCCGUUGAUCCCAGUGAUUCCCCUCACACCGCCGCUCCAGAAAACCCCCCGCAACACCACCACCACCAGGGGCGAACCUGAAGUCGUGCCCCCUCCCAUCCACCGUGACUUGAAGCCACAGAGAAAAGUGAAACCAGCUCCUCUAAAAAUCGCUCCACUCCCACAAGACUGGCAAGAAGUCCCACCUCCAGUACGAUCACCUGUCACUCAAAUCUUCAGAAGAGGUCCCUCCAGUGGGAGCUGUGUCAGACCGCACUCGGCUCAAAGCUCCUCCCCCUCCUCUGAUUCGGAUGACCUGGAGGACAGCUAUGUAGCCAUGGUCCCCUCCAACCUCAGCUUCAGUGCUGGAGAGCAGUCUCUCAGGCUCAUGCUGCACAGAGCAUCAGAGGGCGGAGCCAGUAGUCCGCUGCUACGGCGGGCGAAAGGUGAAAAGCAGGUGGAGUAUCUGGACUUGGACCUUCAUACUGGUCGAUCAACUCCAACGAGACAAAAGCGAUGCACACCCAAAGGCAGGACCAGCAUCUCUGAGCAGGGAUACGGAGAGGAAGAGCGCGCACGAGGCGAGCGUACGCGUGUUGACUAUGUGGUGGUGGAUCCCAAACGGACGAAAGCCCUCAAGAACACCCGGGAAGCAUGGCAUGAUGGGAGAAUGUCGACUGAAAAGGAGAAAACCUAACAGACGAAGACGCACACCGCACGGACGAAUGAACAACUUUACUUGACUAGAGUAAACAAACAUCAGACUUUUGAAAUUGUGUUAAAACGGUCUGUUUUCCACAGAAAAAGAGAUCUUUAGUCCACUUUAACUCCAGAAAUCUGCUCAGUCCUCGUCUUUUUGUAGUGUUUUAAUAACAAGAGGAUGGAACUCAAUCUGCUAUUGGAAAUACAGGAUUCACUUUCUCCAACAAUUCUCUGGAUUGAUCCACUUUAAGUCUCUUAGAUAGCACUAAAUACUAUGGGAUGUCUUGAUUUACUACUGUAUGGUGUGAUUAAAAAAAUGUUUUGACUCUAACAUGA